AGUGCUGAGGGGAGCGUGGCAGCGUCGCCACGGUGCUGCGCCGUGCGGGGAUCGAUGCUGUUACAUCAGCCCCUGUGGACCUUCUUCGUCUCUGGUGGGCCGCAGUGUGUAUUGAGGCGGCAGUGAAAACCAUCAAAAGCUGCUGGAGCAAAGUUGCGCUGUGUCCCGUUGCCUGAGGCCUGGCCUGCAGGGGCAGAGGUGUGCUCAUCUCCCAGUGUGCUGCUUGUGCAUGGAGUAUGCCUGAGGAAUUGGAAACAUCUGGAAUUGGAAACAGUGGAGGAAAGCGUAUGUGAGGUAGAGGCAAAGAUGACCAUGCUCAGGGCUUCCCAGGUGACCGUGAUCCUUUGCAAACAAUUGGAGUCAUCACAGCUCUACAUCUGCUGAAGAAAGCAGAAGUGCGAGUCUAGCCAGAAUGGGAGAUCUUUGUGGAUUUCUGGAGAGUGCUAAUGAGAGCAGCUUGUGAGCUUCUUCUACCCAGCCCAUCUGGUACAGAGCAUCGGCACAAAGGAUCCGUGAUGCUUCAUCAGAAGGGUCCAGCUCCAUCAAGAGAGAGGCCAGCUGGUAAACCCCGAGGGCAUCCCUGAAGAAAAAAAAAGAGGAAAGAAAAAAAAAAGAGAAAGGAAAAAUACAACUUUAAGGCUGAACUGCCUCCUGGGUACCUCUUCUUCUGGAGCAUCUUCUGUCCCUCUUCCUGGAGAACCUUUAGCAGCAAUCCUCUUUGGUUCCAUGGCACGUAGGCCUUGAUGGUGAAGAUGGUUUCUUCUAGCUUUAACUGGCAAGCUGUGAUGUAAUCCAGGGCUGUCAAGUAAUGGCUGCCACCAGAAAUCCGGAUAAGCCCACGUCCACAUAAGGCUUUAAUACAGCUGUUAGGAUGUGGGGAAUCAUGCUCAAUGACCUUUUGAAAGUCCUGCAGGGCUUGCUGAUGAUCAUGAGAAUGGAGGGCACAGAAUCCUCGCAGUGCCAGGAGAGUAUUGUGAUAAGUUUUCUGCUCUGCUGCCAGGAGCUGGUCACAGAUUUCCAGGGCAGCUCCGAUGUGUCCAUGCAGGAGAUGGCAGUCUGCCAACCGGACACUGAGCUCACGUUUGGACCCCGGGGAGAUACGCAGGAGGAAAAGGACUGUUUGGAUUACAGAAGGGAGCAGUUCAGUACAACGAUUGCUUCUGAGUUCGGUCCGAGCACGCACAGCCUCCCUGUAUGCUGCAAACUUCACUUCCAGGACAGUUCGAGCCUGUUCUUCUAUCUUCUCAGUGUCAGGUGGCGAGAAAAGCUCCUCAAAGUGCUUCAUUGCCAGGUCAGGGCUUGCUGCAAAGGCUUCUGCUAAAUCCUGCAUCAUUUCCUGCAUCCGGCCACCCAAAAAGAAAUAUGCAGCAGCCCGUUCCAAGAGCAGACCCAGCAUUUUCUCAUCUCUGAGACUAUUAUCUACUGACAGUCCCCUGAGGGCCUUGCUACAAACUGCCACACACUCCUCAAAUUUGCUUUUCUUAAAGAGGUAAGCUGCCUGUGCUCUGCAAACCCAGACGUCACCUGGUGCCACUGCAGACAAGAAGGCAUAGCAGUUGCCCAGCCAGUGGUCCAAGGAACUGCCAUCUGGGCUUUCUUUCUGGUACGUUGAAAGAAAAUUAGAGAAGGCCUGGAUGAUCUGCGGCAGGUGUUCUUUUUGCCUGGUACACACGUAGGCCACUGCCUCAGCCUGAUGCCUCACAAAGACUUGGAUGUAGUCCGCAACUCCCUUCCUAAUCUGUGUCCCCGACAGCACCCAUGCCAACGCCCUCAGCAGCAGCAGUUCUACUGAAUACUUGGGGUGAGCCUUGAGCAGGACAUUGCAUUUGCUCACCACCUCCUCUGAGCAUCCCCGCCUGAGCAGGGCCUCCAGUUUAUAUACUGAGGACAGCACGUUGUCAGGACUUAGGGUGGAGAGAAAGACAGCAGCUAUUUCCACUCUGAGCGACGCGAUGGCCACGUUCUUGCUCUGGAUCUUGGGAAUCUGGCUCUUACCCCUGCACCACAUCUCCAAGGUGGCUAUCACUCUCUCCCAGAGCCCGUUCUCCAAGGAGUUCACUUUCUGCAGGGCUGUGGGGGCACUGCAGCUGAAGGCGGCCACAUAGAAAGCCGUGGCUGUGGGCAGCUCCUGCUGGGCGAGGUGUUGGUCCCCUUCUCUGCAGAGCAGCGCGGCGAGCCCCUGCGGUGACAUUGCCAGCACCUGUAUCUUCACCAAGGGGUGUCACGUGAGCAUCUACAACAGCCUGUAAAACAGAAAACCAGCAUGAGGGGCUGCUAGGCUCAAUUUCUCUGCUCUUGGGGCACGUGGCUUCCCUAUGGACAGACGCAAGCCAAAGCCCUGUGAUGAGCUGGACGUUGUCUUACUGGGGAGCAAAGCCAUGAGAAGAAGCGCACAACAGAGGUUAACGGUCCACAGCCGCACGUCUGCCCCACGAGUGAGCAGGAAGGAUGAGGCCAUGAGCAGGGCAGGGCUCCUCGCGGGGCCCCGGGGGUCUCGCCCUCCCUCUGACCCCCCACAAGUACCUGGCAGCGGCGUUCGGCGCAGCGGCCCGCGGCUCCCGAGGCGAGAUGAAAAAGCCCUGAGCCUGCACUCGGCCUUGCCAGUCGCUGUUUCCUGUCACUUGCGAUGGCCUCUUCCCAGGACGAGUAUUUCUGGCGAUGUCAGUGAAGUUCCCUGUGUGCAGCUCUGGAGGAACCCAUCGCAGGCAGCUCUGGAGCUCUCUGGGAAAUGGGGACCUUCCAGAGCGCAUCAUGGCCUGGCCUGGAUCACACAGGGGACCUAUGGAGGAGGAUGGAGCCCAGCAGUGACAUGAUCAGCAAAGCACAAGGGAUGCUUGAGCUGGUCUGAUUGCUGCUGUUAUGGGUACCCAAUUUCUGGGCAUCAGGAGAUGUCUCUUCGCUGUGGUGGGAGAAGAAAACAGCAAAUGUGACAGCGAGAUUGUAAAUAAUAUGUACGAGACCGACCCUGAUCUCCUUGCUGGCGAAAGCGCAGAGGAGGAAACAGAGGACAGUAUUAUGUCCCCCAUCCCUGUCGGACCUCCAUCACCCUUUCCCACCAGCGAGGACUUCACUCCCAAGGAGGGCUCGCCCUAUGAAGCUCCCGUCUACAUUCCUGAUGACAUUCCAAUCCCACCAGAUUUUGAACUCAGAGAAUCUUCGAUUCCAGGGGCAGGGCUAGGGAUUUGGGCCAAAAAGAAGAUUGAAGUUGGGGAAAGAUUUGGACCUUAUAUGACAGUACAAAGGAGCACAUUAAAGGAAACAAACUUUGGAUGGGAGCAAAUACUGACUGAUCCCGAGGUGACCUCCCAGGAGGGCAGCAUCAAAAAGAUUGCUGACGACCUGGGAAACGAGAAGUUCUGCAUCGAUGCCAACCAGAGCGGAGCUGGGACCUGGCUGAAGUACAUCCGUGCAGCCUGCUCCUGUGCUGAGCAGAACCUCGCCGUGUGCCACGUCAACGACCAGAUCUAUUAUAAGGUUAUUAAGGAAAUCGAGCCGGGAGAAGAGCUCUUGGUGUGUGCCAAGGAGGGCAGCUAUUCCCUGGGGAACAUGGCACCCAGCAUGGAAGAGGAGCACACGUUCCGCUGCGAGGACUGCGAUGAGCUCUUCCAGUCCAAGCUGGACCUGCGGCGGCACAAGAAGUACGCGUGCAGCGCGGUGAGCUCGCUCUAUGACACACUGAACGACGAGAUCAAGCAGGAGGGCCUCGGCGAUGGGCAGGUGUUUGAGUGCAAGGACUGCGAGAGGAUGUUCCCCAACAAGUACAGCCUGGAGCAGCACAUGGUGAUCCACACCGAGGAGCGGGAGUACAAAUGCGACCAGUGCCCCAAGGCCUUCAACUGGAAAUCCAACCUGAUCCGCCACCAGAUGUCUCACGACAGCGGGAAGCGCUUUGAGUGUGAAAACUGCGUUAAGGUGUUUACCGACCCCAGCAACCUCCAGAGGCACAUCCGCUCCCAGCACGUUGGAGCACGAGCCCACGCCUGCCCGGACUGCGGCAAAACCUUUGCCACCUCAUCUGGCCUCAAACAGCACAAGCACAUUCACAGCACUGUCAAACCUUUCAUAUGUGAGGUCUGUCACAAAUCCUACACGCAGUUCUCCAACCUCUGCCGCCACAAGCGGAUGCACGCGGACUGCCGCACGCAGAUCAAGUGCAAGGACUGCGGGCAGAUGUUCAGCACUACCUCCUCUCUCAACAAGCACCGGCGCUUCUGCGAGGGCAAGAACCAUUACAACCCUGGGGGCAUUUUUGCGCCGGGCCUCCCCUUAACGCCCACCUCCAUGAUGGACAAAUCCAAGCCCUCUCCCAACCUCAACCACACCAGCUUGGGAUUUAACGAUUAUUUUCCAUCCCGUCCCCACCCGGGGGGUCUUCCAUUCUCACCCGCCCCCCCAGCGUUCCCUGCCCUCACUCCGGGAUUCCCGGGGAUUUUCCCACCAUCUCUGUACCCUCGGCCCCCCUUGUUACCACCCACACAGCUCCUCAAAAGUCCCCUCAACCACACCCAGGACGCAAAGCUUCCCAGCCCCCUCGGGAACCCUGCACUUCCCCUCAUCUCUGCGGUGAGCAACAGCAACCAGGCCGCCUCGGCAGAGGAGAAAUGCGAGAGCAGCCUGGAGAACUCCUACCUGGAGAAGCUAAAAGCCAGGAACAGCGACAUGUCCGAUGGCAGCGACUUCGAGGACGUCAACACGACCACGGGCACAGACCUGGAUACCACCACUGGCACCGGCUCCGACCUGGACAGCGACGCAGAGAGCGACAGGGACAAAGCAAAAGAUAAGAGCAAACAGAUGGAGAGCAAGCCAGACUUUGUGAGCAGCUCUGUGUCGGCGAGCUCCACCAACAACACAAGCGAGAUCCCUCUCUUCUAUUCUCAGCAUUCCUUCUUUCCUCCCCCAGAAGAGCACCUGCUGCCCACCACAGGAGCAGCUAAUGACUCUAUUAAGGCUAUCGCCUCCAUCGCAGAGAAGUAUUUUGGGCCUGGCUUUAUGGGGAUGCAGGAGAAAAAGAUGGGUUCGCUCCCGUAUCAUUCCAUGUUUCCGUUUCAGUUCCUCCCCAAUUUCCCCCACUCACUCUACCCGUUCACGGAGCGAACCCUCAAUCACAACUUGCUGGUCAAGGCAGAACCAAAGUCACCCAGGGACCUCCACAAAGUGGGCAGCACCAGCUCGGAGUCGCCCUUCGAUCUCACCACGAAGCCAAAAGAGAUAAAGCCAAUCCUGCCGCCGCCGAAGGUCCUGCCAGCCCCGUCCUCAGGGGAGGAACAGCCACUGGAUCUGAGCAUCGGCAACCGCAUCCGAGCCAGUCAGAAUGGAGGGAGAGAGCCACGGAAGAACCACAUCUACGGGGAAAGGAAACUAAUGGCAAGUGAAGUCUUACCCAAGAUUUCCCAGUCUCAGCUGCCUCAGCAACCAUCCCUGCAUUAUGCUAAGCCAUCACCCUUUUUCAUGGAUCCCAUCUACAGCAGGGUGGAGAAGCGGAAGGUGACAGACCCUGUGGGUGCCCUAAAGGAGAAGUACCUGCGACCCUCCCCGCUGCUAUUCCACCCCCAGAUGUCAGCCAUAGAAACGAUGACGGAGAAACUGGAGAGCUUUGCAGCCAUGAAGGCGGACUCCGGCAGUUCCCUGCAGCCCCUUCCCCACCACCCCUUCAACUUCCGAUCGCCACCACCCACACUGUCCGACCCCAUCCUGAGGAAGGGCAAGGAGCGCUACACCUGCAGGUACUGUGGGAAGAUCUUCCCUCGCUCAGCCAACCUGACGAGGCAUCUGCGGACGCACACCGGAGAGCAGCCCUACAGGUGUAAAUACUGUGACAGGUCAUUCAGCAUUUCCUCCAACCUCCAGCGGCACGUUCGGAACAUCCAUAACAAGGAGAAGCCAUUCAAAUGCCACCUGUGCAACCGGUGCUUUGGGCAGCAGACCAACCUGGACCGACAUCUUAAGAAGCACGAGCACGAGAACGUUCCAGUGAGCCAGCACUCUGGAGUCAUUACGAACCACCUUGGGACCAGUGCCUCUUCCCCCAACUCGGAGUCGGACAACCAUGCACUUUUAGAUGAGAAAGAGGAUUCGUAUUUCUCUGAAAUCAGAAAUUUUAUUGCAAAUAGUGAGAUGAACCAAGCGUCAACGUUAGCAGAUAAAAGGCCAGAAAUGCAGGACAUUGACAGCAACUCCCAGUGUCACGGCUUGGCAAAUGAGAAAACGGAAGACGUGGAUGAUGAAGAUGAAGAACUGGAAGAGGAGGAUGACGACAGCCUGACAGGGAAGUCGCAGGAUGAAACGGUGUCACCCACUGCAGAGCCCCGAGGAACGUACGAGGAUGAAGAAGAUGAGGAGCCCACAUCUCUCACCAUGAGCUUUGACCACACCCGAAGGUGUAUUGAGGAGGACGAAGCCGGCUUGUUAGAUUUGGAGCAGAUGCCGAAUUUUGGGAAGGGGCUGGAUCUUCGCAAAGCAGCCGAGGAAGCAUUUGAAGUUAAAGAUGUGUUUAAUUCCACCUUAGACUCUGAGACAAUAAAACAGACUCUGUACAGGCAGGCUAAAAACCAGGCUUAUGCAAUGAUGCUGUCCCUGUCUGAGAACGCUCCCCUCCACACGUCCUCCCAGAACUCCCUGGGUGCUUGGUUGGACAUGGCAGGAGCAGCUUCAGAGUCGGGGACCUUUAACCCCAUCAACCACCUCUGAGAGGUCCGCAGGGCACUGUCCGGAGUCGCAGCGAGGAGGCGGCGGUGCUGCGCUUACCCCAAACCCCAGCAAGCAGAAGAUGGGUGCGAGGGCCUCAGGGAGCGCCUGGACUUUGGGCUGAGGAAGGAACCUGUCGCAUCUGACCUACCAGUCCUGCAUUUUUACCACAGUUUUGAUUUGUAAUUUAUCGCAAUGAACCUCUCCACAACUGGAUAACCCUGACACAGCCCCAGGAUUUCACCAAAAUAGGAAUAGCGUAAGCAAGACACGAAUCACAACGGUGUGAUCCAAUAUCAGUCCCUCCGACCUUACAAGAUGGUAUCACUGAGCCAGCAAAGCCCUCGUGGAAAUGGAAGCCUGACACCGUGGGGUAGCUUCAUCCCUUCAGCUCAGCCAAAUGAGGAGGCAACAAGGAAAGAGAGCCCAGUGAGACCCAUCCCUGGUGCAAUUCUGGCCGAGCCGCUGGAGUUGCAUCAGGGAAGGGUAAUCCAGCCCAUUUUGCUGACUUCUAACAGAACCUGAAGUUGUGUACUCCCACAGAAAUGCUGUCCUGUGCUCAGUUCCUGGCCAAACACCUUUCCUGUGCAGAGCUCCUGAAUGUGAGUCGCAGUGUCCCAGCUGAGAGCUCCUCAGCCUACAGCAGUGCCGGAGUCGGGCUGUUGUUGGGUCACAGAAACGCAUGGUUGGUGGUUCUCAACUGGAUGUCCAUGCCUGCAGUGUGGGGUGGGGAGCACUCUCCAUCUCUAUGGUGCCACAAGACGGAGCUCUGCUUGCACCUGGAGCCUCUGGAGUGAGAAAUGGCUCUUGGUCUGCACUGCCCUGGGGUCUCGUGCUGGAGCUGUUGGGUCUCAUGGGGAGGGUGAAAAGCCAUCGGGCUGAGGAAGGUGGCCCGGGGUGGUCAGGAUGGUUGCAGCCACUGCGGUGUUCCCUGCAUUGAUAUCUUCUCGGUGUUGGUGGUGUCUGGGAGCUGUAGAAGAAACGUCCUACUCGUGCUGUCGUGGUUGGUUGGGUGGGUGGUUGGCUGUGCGUUGGCCAUUGAUCUUCAUAGGAAGACGUCCUAGCUUCAGCAACAUCAGGGCUCUGAGCUCUCUAUUCAAGCACACGGCCAAGAAUAGAGUCAUCCCUCUGCCUCUAAAAUUGCUCACAGGUAUUUUAUGAGUGUUUUCAAAUCUCUUCCAAGUCUCCUCCUUUUGUUCAGUGGCCCAAAACAGCCUCCAGAAGUACCGUUGUUUGCGCUAUUCCGCGGUGCGAUCACAAUCUGAUGUAGUAGCAGUGACUCUGCAGAUAAAGCUGAGUUAGAGCACAGCUUGGGAAGCAAAUAGACCUGGUGCAAAGAACAGCACUGGCUGUAUGGGUAACGUUAAGGGUGUGUGUCCUGAGAAUUUGCUAAUUGCGGCAUCGUCAAUUGAAACGGUCCAAGGAUUGGGCAGGAGUUGGUGUGGUGGCACUGCGCUCAGAGCCAGCGAGGUUGGGAAGAACACUUCCCAUUGGUUUCCCCAUUGGGUCUGGUUAAGAACUGCAGAGCUGGGCGAGUGGCCACUGUCAGAGGGGCAGCAUGUGGUUUGCCUGCCUGUGAAUUGGUGCUGUGCUCAGUGCAGGGUGAAGGAACACAACAUGGGAGCCCCAUCCCGGCACACUGAAAGAAAGGAAACAGCUACCCACAAAGUGGUUAUGCUAGCAACCCUUCCUAACGUGCCGUCAGCACCCAACAGGCUGUUUUUAGAUAGCCCGUGGAGCAAAGCAUCCAGGAUAUCUUUGGUAUAGAAGGAGCAGAAGGUAAAUUAGCAGCACUGGCCUAUUUUCCAAGAACAUUUGCCCUCCCUGUUUGGUUUUCCACAUCCCCCUGUGCAGUGCCCAAGGCCCUGAGCCCAGCCGAGCUGCUCCCCGUGUUUGCACGAGGCUGUGGUGGUGGUGGCACAGCACCCGGUCCUGAGAGCACAGGGAUGGCCCCAUCCCACCACUGGGCACCAUUCCCACAGGGGCGACAGGAAUAGCAAAGAACUGUUUCCUCUCCAGAUGGAAUUUCUUUUAAUCUGUAAAUAACUCGUAAUUUUUGGCUAAUUCUUUUCUUAUUUUAUUUCUUCCUUAACAGUAUUUUUUUUUUUGCAUUAGAUAUAUCAUUAUUGUGAAGAAAUGAUGUUAAUAUAAGCACGUAGUGAAGGACCAAAAUGGUGUAACUGAGGUUGUGUGUUGUAUGAGGGAGGAUGGAGAGGUGGUGAUGUGCCAAGCGCCCGCGGGGUCCUGCUGUUCUUGCUGCCCGUUCUCCAGACAAUCAUUGGUUGUGUCCCAUUGGCGUUCAGGUGCCAGUAGUGUUUGCCUGAGCUUUCUAUUUAUUUCCUUGGUGGGUUGGAAAGCAGGAGCAGGCGGGGAGCCCACAGCCCUGCAGUGGGAGUGCUGCCCACCGGGGGUCUCGGCAGGGGCUGGGUGGGCAGUGCUGGGCUGUGGGCUUUGGUGCUCCCCGCCCCAUGCAGGACGUGAGGAGCAGAGGGUUGGGAAAUCAUGAGAUGAUUUCUCGGUUUCUUUUGUUGUUGUCUGUGUUUCCUGGUUCAGUUCUCCUCCCGUUUUCUCGAGCCAGUGCCUCUUUUUGUGUUUAGGACCUCCCCACUCCCCUAAGUUAGCACUGAUAACGAGUUUCCAUCUUCCCACAGUUAAAUAAAAGAGAAAGCCUCGCUGAGUUGCUAUUUAUCUCCUAGCAUUCGCUCUAUUGCACUCGGGACGGGUCGCAGCCCAUAGCCAACCCAUAGGCUUUGGCCACAAGCCAUCCCCGGUGCCAGGGCUGCUCCCCAGUGGGCACAGCUCGCUUUCCGUCUUGCUGCGAGGAACGCGGUGGAAGCUCUCCCUUUCUCCCCGCUCAGCACUUAGACUCUCAGCAGCCGCCCUCGCAAAACAGCUCCUUGUUCCCUUCCUCUGAAAAGCGUUUGGAAAAGCACUUGCACAACGAGGUGAACCUGUUUGGACUCUGAGCAUCGAAGCACUGGAUGUUGGUGAGCCCCCGGCCGGCCCCGACCUACUGACUUGGUUCCGUUCGUGCUGUACUGUGCGCCGGGGGCCGCCCGGCGGUGGUCACAAAGCCAUGAACCUUUCCUGUCGUGUCGAGUGAUAACUGUGAUUAAAGCGUUACGGAACUGAUUCCGAGGUGUUUCUUUUAAUUAUUAUUUUAUUUUAAUUUCGGUCUCUUUCUUCUGUCGUUAAUUCUUAUUACCACUUUUCGGUUUUGUUUUUUUUUUUGGGGGGGGGGUGGGGAGAGGGGGGGGGAGAAUAAUUAAAAAAAAAAAAAAGAAUGAAAAAGCUUAAAAAAAAAAAAAAGAAAAAAAAAAAAGGCAGCUUUGAUUUUCCAGAUGUGCAAUUCACACGUGAACAAAGUAAUCCUGAGCGUAAUUCUCAAUGUGUUUUCCGUUCUCGUUGCUCUCCUCAAAGCGAGAGGCGUUCGCCCCCGGUGUCAUUCCCAGCCUGCAGAAGGUGUAAUUUAAAACAUAUAUAUAUUGUGCUUGCGAGAAUCAUGAAGCCGUGCAUCCGGUGUCAUUCCUUCCCCAUUGUUACAAUACGACUCAGUUGGGUUAUUUUUUUUUCCUUUAGGACUGUAUAGUGUUUGUUUUUUGUUUUUUUUUUUGUUUGUUUUUUUAAAGAAAUCAAUUGUAAAUGUCUGGUUUUCACAAAAUGUUUAAAAAACAUUGAGAAAGAGGAUGGUGCUUGUUCCAUAUCAUUCUUGAUUGUAUAUUGCUUCUGUUCUGUUUAUAAGUAAACUGUGCAUGACUUGUGUUUAGCGGUCAUUAUGGUGUCUGUUUGUGAGAUUUUUAUUAAGGAGAAACCAAUCCCGUAGAUGCACUUAUUGUAUAUGUGGUUAGAUGGUUGCUCUGAGGCUAGAAGCCUCCAACUGCCCAGGAAGGAGGAGUAAAAAGAGAAGCGUUGGCAGUUAUUAAUGGAUAUGAAAUCGCUUUGUUGGGAGCAUAAUGAAAUGAGAGGGAGGAAGUGUAGAAAAUAAUUUGAAGAAGUGAUUUUUUUUGGCAAAUUUCCUUUUGAUGCUUGUGAUAAAAGACAAAUGUACUUGUGUAGAGAAAGUCCUUUAAAACAAUGGCUAGGAAAAGCUGAUUUUGAGGUUAAUGCUGUAGAAUAGGAAUGUAUACCAAAUGUAAUCUUUCCAAUGCUACGAUGAAUUUAUACAUGAGAUUGAUAUGCAAUAAACCUGUGUGCUUUUAUAA